CUUUCAACACUACUAUAUAACAAAUAAUUUGAGCUAAGGCACCCUGCAAAUCACAUAAAAUAUGGCUGUCCCCACCGGAAAACAAGGUCUCAGAGGAACGUUCGAUUCCUGGAACAACGACAGCAAAAAAGUUACCACCCUUGAAUCUAACCACAGACAGUCGGUAUCGGAGCACCUGACCACGUUCAGGACCACAAAAGAAACCCAGAACAAUACCCAGUCUGCCCUGCAGAACAUGUUUAAGCAACAGACUGCAACCAACGGCAACAAGAGAACCACUUCCGGGACAGGCAACACUUCUCUCAAUACUUCUGGUUUGAACAAAGCCAACGAAAAAUGUUUCUGUGGCAAACAACACAGUGGUGGUAGAAGAGAGUGCAGCUGGUUCUGUUAAACUCAUCGCAAGACUUGGCACCAUCACGUGACGUCAUCACGUGACGUUGUAACGUGACGUCAUGCGUGCAGCACGGCUUGGUUUUGCGUUUGUGCUUCUAUGUAUUUUACCACACUUUGUGUACGUUAUCACGGGAAUUAAGACAUUUCACAAUGUUUGUGGUUAUAACAAAUUUGAUGGUGUCAUCGGUUAAAUUUUUUCUCUCUCAGAAGAGACCUUAUGAAAUAUUUCCCAUAAAGGGACUUGAAUAAACAAUCAUUAAAUAAAU